AGCUUCGCACCGACAAAAGCUUAAGCACGCACGUGUUUUAAGCGACCCUGAAGGCGUGUGAGAGGCGCGCUUCAGCAGGAGCCUUGGACACAGCUUAAGUAAACUCGUCAGAGGGAAGGGAAAAACAGUCGAUGCUAGGGAAACAUGGAGCCAUUAUCACUUGAAAUGGCAGGGGGAAAAACAUCCCCACAAUAUUUAAACUGGGCAACAGUUCUGCAGUGUUUUUAUCCAAGUUAAUGCAAGGGAAGGGGUUUAAUCCAAAUGAUGCAGGGGCUGAUGAACUUGGAGAAGAGAUGGCUCAAGGGGAGAUCUGGGAGAUCUUAUCCGUGUAUAUAUCUAUACGUUUAUGUGUACUUGGAGGGAAGGCGCAAUGAGGACAGAGCCAGGGUGUUCUCGGUGGUGCCCAGUGACAGUGUCAGAGGUGAUGGGCACAAACUGAAACAGAGGAUGUUCCCUCUGAACAUCAGGAAAUACUUUUUUACUGUGACAGUGACAAAGCGCUGGCACAGGUUGCCUGGAGAGGUUGAGAAGUCGCCAUCCUUAGAUAUUUUCCAGAGCCAUCUGGACAUGGUCCUGGGCAGCUGUCUCUAGGUGGCCCUACUUGAGCAGGGAGGUCAGACCAGAAAGUCUCCAGGGGUCCCUGCCUACCUCAGCCAUUCUAUGAUUAAGUGUAAUCUACCACCAAAUGGGCUGGUAUUGCUGUUUCCCAUGCUUUUACUUAAGAGAAAAAAAAAGUGCUUUUUUUUUUUUUUUGAUAAGGUUAAUUUUCAGCCAAGUCAGUUCCUUGAUGCAGUUCACCUCUUGGCAGGGAAAAGGAGAGGGAAACAAGGGCAGAACUGUUUACAGCUCUCACAUUAAAGCAACUGUGAAACUAAAAUUUUGAAAAUACUGAAAGGCAAAAAAAUAAUUGGAAGUAAAUUAGGAACAGGACAUUGGGCCUAUAUAGUGUCUUGCGUAAUUACUUUUUUUUCCUCCGUACACAUUUCCCACUCCAAAGUUCAAACCUCAAAACUAAAGGUAAAUGCAGAACAAUCUACUCUUCUGCCACGGAAAGAUACAGAAGCCAUUUCUGAGUCCAGGAACAGAGCUUGGGCCAUCAGUAGCUGUUUUAUUUGUAAAGAAUCUGGUUUCUUCAUUUGGCAUCCCUUUUUUUUCUGUCCCUGUUUCUUUAAAGCUUGCAAUAUAAGUGUCAUUCUGUCGUUACCUGUGCCUUUCAAGAAGAUCGGUCUCUUUUUCCCAUAAAAUCCUUUCUGCAAGGAGACUGCAUUGCUAUUGUUUGGCAGCAUGCACAGGCCUGGACUGCUUCACACAGCUGCUUCCUCCAGGCCUUUGGCACCCUCACGAACAAUGUAUCUGCCGAAAUCAUCACUACCUGUAAUAAAUAUGGGUCUUGACUUCUUGAGCACUCGAGGCCUCCACCCAUCAUGAUUGAUGGGUUCAAAGAAAAUAAUUCUGCUAGUACUUUUUAUGUUGUUGGGGGUUUUUUUUGUUUUGUUUUUUACAUUAGCUACCACUUUAGCUUCCUGUCCCAUUCUGUCAUCACUCAUUAUGGUCUCCCAGUUACCUAUGAAUAGACAUGUUGAGCAUUUUUGCUUUAUUUCUAUCUAAAUUUUGAUCUUCAGAAGUUGGUAGAUCUUAUUUUUCCUGUGAUAAGUUUGCACUUGUUGGGUGUCUCUGAUAAUGGCUACGUAUAUCCAAGAUCAAUAAAGUGAACGAGAAUUAGAACUGGAGCUUUGGUUUAGACUUUGGUACAGCUAUAUUCACAUACUGAAUGGUAAGAUUGAUAGAAAGCCACAGCACUGCCUUUUAUCUUUUAGAAGUUGUUUUUUCCACUGGCUGCAAGUGAACUCUGGCUACAGGAAACAGAUUGUGAAACUGGCUCCAAGGCCUAAACUUCAGAUUUCAGCUCUUUGUUUUAUAGAUUUUAGUGUAGUACUUUGGUAAUGGAGAUGAAGGUGGUUUAUUUUUUCCAAACCAAAUCUCUGCAGUUUUCUGAUACAAGCUCAAGCUUCCUUAUGCACUGCAAGACAUUGUGGAAAUCAAGGUCAAAGGCUACCAGUGGAAUUAAUCAGAGCCUGAAGUUAGGGGAAUGUGUUUGUUUGAUUUGCGUGUUCACUGACUGAAGUUAAUAUGCUUGUUUUUGAUCUCUAAAGAAUGGAUAAGAGAAAGGCAGAAUUAUGAAGGAAACAAUCUGGCAGCUCAUCCAGAAUUACAGCAUUUGAGUUUUCAAAAUGAUAAGCUGAAGAAAAACAAAUUUGUGGCUGUUUUAAACCUCACUAUUUCCUUCCUUGAUGACUUAUCAACUUCCCUCUUUUUUUAACUAGAUAAGAACUUCUAUAGCCAUAUGCAAAUGAUACCCAGUGGCAGAAUUAUGUUUGAAAAUACAGUAUCUAGUGGUUGUAUUCAUGUCCUUUCUAACAUCUAAGGCCUAAAAUAUAUUAUAUUUACUUUUAAAAGUGCAUUCCAGUUUCUGUAUGUCACAAAAGAGCAGUUUACUGCAGAAUGCAUUUAGUCGAUUACUGUAGAACUAAUGCUAACAUGCAGCUUAGGAGGAACUGCUUUUUAAAUUACAUUCUUUCAACUGCUUUCAUAUACACCUAGUUUUGUUAAGGCUUACUUCAUUCCAAAUAGUAAAUACCUAGGAUGGGAUCACUAUCUUCUAAAAGUUCACCCUCCCUCUUUAGAUCUGGGUAUUGGCAUGUUGCCACAAUAAAUAGCACUCCACAGUAUAAUGCAUUUUGCUUCACAGUAACCCUCUGAGGAAACGAAGUUCUGUGACUCCUGUUUUGCAGCGAGAUACCAAAAAGCCAAAGGCUACUCCUCUACUGCCUUUGAACACAGGCUCAGGCUUGGUGUCAAGUCCAGACUUGUAUAUCAUUCCAACAGACUACACUCGAAGAUCGAGCAAACUACAGCUUAAGAUGUUUAACAUCUGUUUAACAUCUUUGUCAGUGACCUGGCCAGUGGGAUCGAGUGCAUUCUCAGCAAGUUUGCUGACAACACCAAGGUGUGUGGUGCUGUCAAUGUGCUGGAGGGAAGGGAUGCCAUCCAGAGGGACCUUGACAGGCUUGAGAGGUGGGACUGUGUGAACCUCUUGAAGUUCAACAAGGCCAAGUGCAAGAUCCUACAUAUGGGUCAGGGUAUCCCAAGGAAAAAUAUAGGCUGGAUGGAGAAUGUGUUGAGAGCAGCCCUGAGGAGAAGAACUUGGGGCUCCUGGUAGAUGAGAAGCUCAGCAUGAGCUGGCAGUGUGUGCUCACAGCCCAGAAACCCAACUGUGUUCUUGGGCUGCAUCAAGAGAAGUGUGGCCAGCAGGUUCAGGGGAGGUGAUACUGCCCCUCUACUCUGCUCUUGUGAGACCCUACCUGGAGUGCUGUGUCCAGCUCUGUGGUCCCCAGCAUAAGAAGGAUGUGCACCUGUUGCGGUGAGUCCAGAGGAAAGCCAUGAAGAUGAUCAGAGGAGGCUGGAACACCUGUUCUGUGAAUACAGUCUGAGACAGUUUAGCCUGGAGUUUAGUCUGAGAGUUGUUUAGCCUGGAGAAGAGAAGGCUUUGAGGAGGCCUUACAGCACCUUCCAGUACCUAAAGCUAGAGAGGGACUUUUUGCAGAGGCACAUAGCGAUGGAAUGCCUCACAAUGGCACAAGGGGGAAUGGCUCUAAUCUGAAAGAAGCUAGGUUUAGAUGAGGUAUUAGGAAGAAACUCUUCAUGUUGUGGAUGCCCCAUCCCUGGAAGUGUUCAAGGCUGGGUUGCAUGGGGUCUUUGAGCAGCCUGGUGUAGUGGAAGGUGUCCCUGCCCACAGCAGGGGGUUUGGAACAAGGUGAUCUUUAAGGUCCCUUCCAACCCAAACCAUUCUGUGAUUUUAUGUGGGAGAAAAGGUGGCCUUGUUUUACUUCUGAGCAUGUGUUUGUACAUUUAGCAUGUGCUCUGGCCUAUUAUGUGUUGCAGGUGUACAUUUGCACCAAACUCUGCCACCCUGCCUCCUUAGAGGUCCCAAAUGCAGCAGGGAUGGGUAAGUUAGUCACUGGCUGCUUCUUAGGAGACCAAAUCUUUCAUGCAGAAAGCCUUUGGAAUAGGUUUACGCUGAAGGGUGGGUUGCUUUGAGAAAAGCUGGGCCGUGAUAUACCAAAACUGCAGGCCACUUAAAGUCCUGCUGCACUUUGCCAACCCUCUGACUAUACUACAUUUAUACUUAACUGUUUAAAUAUAGUACUUAACUAUAUAAAUGUGGCCUGAAACACUGAAGACUAAGAAAAGACUAUGGGUGAACUAAAAGUUCAGUUCUGAAAAACUCCACUGAGCAGCCACCUGAACUCUGUUAGUCUGUUUCUGGAUAGAAAUAUUCAGAAUUGCUCCAAACUGGGCAUCUUGGUACCUGUCUCCCCUUUGUGCCCAUUUGUGGCCUAGGAAGUAGGUAGAGCAGCUCCAAGAGAGGUCCAGCUGAGUGAAACCUCUCCAAGCCCAACAAGUCAGGUUCUGCUGCUGUAGCCACAGCUAGCUUCAGUGCCUGGCUGUAUUUGUUAGAGUGCUGACCUUCAGUACACCGUCAGUGAUGACAAUAUUGGCUUUUAGCUCAAAGGCAUUUAUGUCAACACCUCCUAACUCCCAGAAAAAUAUCCCAGGUGCUCAGAAGGACUGCAAAAUGGAAAGGAAACAUUCAUCACCUCAGUUGUUGAAUUUAUGCCCUUUUGGAAAGCAUGGCAAAUGUGACACUGGUGUGAACUAGAAGGAAGGAGACACAGGGAGCUGUAGGCAGUUAUUCCUGGUUUCUGGUAACUAGUCCCAAGCCCAGUGCUGUUUUUUAUCCAGGAACUAUUUACUACAAAAAUGCAUGAAUAAACCCCUGGUCUCUGUUUUGACGAUUAAACUAGAUGAGAGAGACACAUCGUUGUUUUACUCUGUCUAUUGCCUCAGCUGCCUUAUCCUUGUUCUAGACUUUUAUAUGCUUUUCAGAACAGGGUCAUAACUUCAAACAAAAAGGUGGUGACUCCCUGUUUCCUUCCUGUUCUUCUUCCUCCCAGUCUAGCAUGAUCGUCAGGGAUGAGGCAUGAAUGUUCCUCAGGAACUCCCACUUCCAGACAAGUCCUAUGACCACUGGGUAACAGCACAGAGAAGAUGGAUACUGUUUCCUCCAGCUGCACUUUAAAAGAAAAUGAACAUUGCUUAUUGGGAAUUUAUAUCUGCUGACAGGCCAGAAGGCCUUUUAAACACCUUUGGCAGGCUGUCUGUUAGUAGAGACCUUGGUGUUUUCCAGCAGUAACACAAAGAAAAAUGCUAUGACCAGCAGCUGCAUGAAAUGAAGUCACAGAGCAGAAAAGCUACAGGGACUCUUUAUUCAUUGUUUUUAAGAAUGGAUUUUGGCCCUCACUGCCAGAAAAGGACUCCAAAUUCUGAGUCCAAAGAGUAUAAAGGUGCCAAGCACUAGGGUGGGUCUUCACACUUAUCUGCGUUCAUAGAGUCUCCCCCAACUCAACUUUUGUUAGCUCCUCACUGAGUUUGCUGCUUGUUUUGGAUCUAUACUUGCACUUCUUUUAUAUUCAGGGAAUGCAAGCCUGUCAUCACCACACUCAGCCCUGAGGCUGAAAGGUUCGGGUAUUCUGGAACAUUAGUCCCUUAUUAGUCCCAUCCCUCUAACUUACUAAGAUCACACAGAAUGGCAAGGAUUUAAGACAAGACACUAGAGAUCCACUAAAUUUCCUUGCAAUCAGAAACUGCAUAUAGUUAAUAGGGAAGAAAUGCCUUUAAAAAUUUUAUAAUCAUUUGAAGUUAGUUUUCUGUCUGCAACAUUGUGCAGAAUUUUGUAGCAUCUUACUCAGAUUUACUUUGAAUCACUGAAGUCAUGAAAGUUUAAAUACAUGGAAGCAAGUAAUGACUUUGAAUACUCAGGGCAGAAGUAGUGAUAAAACUAUUUUUGCAUUUCUGAGUACUCAUUAUACCAUAUGAUAUAUAAACUAUUUGGCAGUAAUACUUAGGGUAUUGUGCCUGGUCAGGAUGCACAAUGAGGAUGCGUUGAAGUUGCAAUGAAUAUUCUGAGUCAUGUAAACAGAUGAUAUUAUUUAAAAUUAUUCUUCAACAAAAUAGGUCUCCAAAAUAAGAUUGAGGAGUUUCUCUGACUCAGAUCUGCUUGCAAUUUUUCUGCGUUGUUAAAGACAACUGUUCCUGACAAAAUAGGAUUUUGGGAAUAAUUUCUCGCCUGGAGUGAAACUUAUCUUUUCCUUGUUAGCAUCUUUUUAUUUUUCUUCCUCGUUCUGAUCCCUAGGUUGCCUGAUGUACAAAUGGAGUUCUUCUUCCCUGCCAGGUGCCUAGCUAUCAGUAGCGUAGGAAUAUAUGGAAAAAAAAUGUAGGUGUGGUAGAUGCUAAAAGGAGACAAGUCCUAUGAAUGAUUACCUUCUUUGUGCUUCUCUUCUCAUCCAUGUCAAAUUUUUAUAGUUAUCUGUCUAAAAAUCUACCUCCUACUCUAUCUUCGUGCUAGGAUGCUGGAUGAAGAGACUGACAGUUUCCUUGAGAAAAUAUUGGUAAAAACAGAAGUUUACUUUAAAAAUAAAUUCCAAGGCAACGGUGACAACACAAUCUGUGUGUUUCAUCUGCCUAAAGUUGCAACAUUCAUAACAAUCUGUCAAUGAUACUAUUAAAUAUUUGAGACACAAAAGGUGAAAAUUAUCAUGCAGUAAAAGUAUUUACUGUGAAUGAGUCAGUACCUGCAAGAACUAUCCCAUACCUCAUAAUAUUUCUUCGCUAUGAUUGUCAUUUCAACCCACUCUUAUAUUUGCCCUGCCCUACUCUAAUAUGACUUUUCCUUUUCGCAUUUGCCUUUCUAAUCUCUAAUUAUUCUGCCUGUGCACAGAUAUAGUCUUUUAUACUGGAGUCACUUGCCCUUGAAAACCUUCCCUUUCCACAACAGCAAAGCCUUCCUCCUUUUAAUCAAGGGUCUAUAGCCAAAGCCAGUAAUUUCCUUCUGCCUUCCAAUCUGUCAGGACACACUAAGCUAAACAAACUACAUAUGGAAAACAGUGUGAUGGCAUCAGCAAAAAAUAAUAGUGAAGAGAAAAAGGAACUUCUUACAUUUUUUAUGUAUAGUACAGAGGAAACCACCUUCAAUUACCACAUCAGUCAGUGUACUAAGAGCAAACAGCAUCUGUUGGAACUGGAUUUUAAGUAUAAAAGGAAGAAAUUCGAUUGUUAUUCUUGUUUGAGGGAAAACCGGGUAUUUUUACUUUGAAAAAAGUCCUAAUUUUUUAUGCUAGAAGAUGGAGUGGGAAAAGAAAAUGCCAAAUGGAGAAGGGCAAGGAACAAAGCUACAGGAUGAUAUAAAUACAAUGAAAACAGAGGAGAUGAGGGGCAAAACCCAACUGCAGCGUGGGGGUGGAUGACAGGAGAAGAGGAACUAUGAGUGAAGUGAGGAAGUAUAUUAGUGACCAUUUGUAGUAUUUGAGUUUGGGUUUGAUACUUAUUACAAAAAGGUUGUAUUUGAUUACUUUGGACUGAUUAAGGAUUUAUGAAUGUAAUUAUUUUGAUAACACUAUAUUCCAGGCUAGAUGCCUUCAUGCUAACAUAUUACUAGAUAGGAAUUUGCAGUCUUGCUCCUCUGAAUUCAAAGUUCAGUUACUGUGUGCACAUACAGGUUAAAGCAGUUUGCACCAACUGGAUUUCCCCAGAAAGUAUUGAUUAUGAGUCUAUCAUGCCCUUUUGAAUGAAGGCCCAAUUGAAUGGGGAAUUGGGUCUGCUGUGCUCAUUGAAGAAAACAGCAGAACUCUAAUGACAUUAUGACCCAAAUUUGCUUGCCUGGUUCUAACUGCCAGGUUAGAACCUAUUCCUAAAAAAAAUGUCAUAAAAAUAGCUCAGUUUUUUCCCCACCAGGUAAUUUUUUUGCCUUGUUCACAAAGUACUUGUAUAACUCAUUUCCAUUUUCUUUCUUCCUCUUUUUUUGUUCUCUUUUAUCUCUAGCAGUUAGGAACUAGAAAAAUAUGAAUAUAAAUGCUUAGGUCUGACACAGUGAAAAGUCUUAGGAGCUUGUUGGUUUUUUGGUGUUUGGCUUUUUUUUUUCAUUAAAAUGCCAGGCUUUGUCCUACUUGACAGUACGUACAGUGUCAUGAGAAAACAUAAAAUGCCAUUUCUUUUCCUUUUCUUCCAAGACUGAAGAACAAUGAUUGUAUGAAAGUUCUGCAUAAGACUUGCGAUUCGGGAAUAAAUAGGUUUUGCUACCGUAGUAUCAAAGAAGAAACUGGGCACCUAACCUUUAUAUAUCCAGUUCUGAGACUGCCAGUGUGUAUCUUGCAGUUUGUGCAACACACUGACUCCCAUGGACUCAUCUGUGUCAGUUUUUCAAAACACCCCUAGCUUCCUUAAUUUCUCUAACAAUUUUUUGGCCAUUUUCUCUAAACUUAUUUAAACUGGAACAUGACAAACCUUAAAAACAUGUUGAAAUGCUUUAUUGAUUCAGUGAGGUUUUACGUCCUGUUAUUUUGCAGCUGUUGCCAUUUCACUUCUAACCCACUUAGAUUAGAGAUGGCAUGGGAGUACCAGUUACUUAGAUAUGUCCUGAGCAAUGUCAUAUGUUUCAGGCUGAUUAAAGUAGUUGUAUCAGGAUGCUAGAGACUGGAUGUUCCCAAAACAACAGUGCGGUUUACCUACAACAUUAUUUAUUUAUUUAUUUAUUUAUUGUCUGUGGAAGGGCUGUUCUUUUUCUGUUGGGAAUAAGGCUGAGUGUUGCAGCCUAGCUACUACAGCUGACCAAGCUUUCCCCCUGAUUCUCAAAGGAAAGGGUGGAAAAAUAGACCGAUUUGGAUUGUGUCAAGAAAAUGGUUUCUCACAUAGCCUUUCGCCAGCAAAGCUUGGCUCAAACAGUCAAAGCAGCAGCCAGAAUUCUGGGAGUUUCUUGGUAUAGCCUGUGUUGGGGCAGUUCUUAAAACUUCUCUUAGGUCAGAUAAACAGUGAAUCAUUCCUUGGUUCAUCUGAGACUUUGUUUUCAGUUAUGAAAAAAACCACUAUAAAUUUUGCAUGCCCAGUAGGUCAGGUCAUCAGAUAUAUAUCUUUGUAUUUCUUUCUGAAAAAUGCUUUGAUCUGUUUUUUCUUUUUCUCCUUUGAAGGUGUUCUGACAGCACCUCUUUCUUUGGUUCUAAAAGGUUACCCUCACAAGUGAUUUAAAUGAACCAAUGUCUCCAUGAGAUAACAAACAUCAGAGAAUUUAGUGGAAACAUUCCUUACAUUAUCACAUUUUUCAUUUAGUAUUUUUUGGGAGACUGUUAAACCAGCAUUAUUCCCUGAGUCUGCUGUAGUUCACAUGUGGAAAAAGCUUUUCCACAUGCUGCUUUAAAGUAUGGGACAUAAUUGUGUAUGUGGCAGAAUGUUUCAGGACUUUUCACUUUGGGAGACAUUUUUUUAAAACUUUUUUAAUGAUGUGGCUAGCAAUGCAGGGGAGGAACGGAAAGAAGAGGAAGAGGGGGAUGAAGAAGUUAUAACUGAUCUUUCUGUAACAUUUGGGAUUUCAGUUGUUAUUUCCCUAAUGUUGUUAUGCUGAAAGACAGCAAUAAAUGUCGAUUUUUACAGCAACCCAAUCCAGUACUCUGGCAUUUAAUGCAGGCCACAUUCAGCAAAACUAAGUGGAAACUGUAUGAAAGUAAAUCUUAUUAGUGCUUAGAUGACUGAAAUGAAAUGGGAAAUUCCCUGUUUGUCUUAAGGUACCAAACUCCAGCUCGCUUGCUCUCCUUUGAGGCAUGACAGUCACAUAGACAGGUAGGGACCUGAUGACGGGAUUGCUCCCCAGCAAUCUUGUGCAAGCUCGCUCUCAGCCUGCAUGGGAUGGUGAGCCAACAGGCAGAAGUGGUCCCACUGAGGGAUGCUCAUCCAGCCAGGGAUGAACACACUGGCUGCAGCAAGGUAGGAAGUAGACGCUGCAUGUGCAUUAGUGCAGUACUGUCACAGAGCUAAUCUGCUGUGCCUGGCAUCAUGCACCAUGCACAGGGUUACAAACGUGUGGCACAGAACUCUUUGAGCCUCCUGGCUCAGACUUGGAGAAAAACAUAGAUGGCUUGGCCAGGCUGAUGGUUAAAUGGAAAGACCAUGGUCAGCACCAACUUGCCCUAUGCUUGAUGCAGAGUAUGUAGGAGCCAGCUACUUUGUGUUUUUCUGCGUAAAAUAACAUUGGGUAUCUGAGCAUCACCGUUGCAUCCACCAACACAGGCUGGGCCUGUUCUGGUUUAAAAACUCAAAGAGCUGGUGCUAACUCCAGAUGUGACCUGCACAGCACAAGUGCUUCACCCUGCUUACCACAGCAGUGCAGGCUGCUGGGGUGGGAGUGCAGCAUUUCUUCCUUCUUCCCCUCCCCUCUAUUUUGUCAACCUCUGUUUAAUAUGCAUACUUCUCCCUUGGCUGUUCCCCAAACUCAAAGGAGUGCACUGAUUUCCUCAAAGAAGGGCUUGUCUAAACAAUGGUGUUCUGGCUGCUUUAAUGAGCACUGUUCAAGUGCUAGAUCCCCCUAAGCCUUGUGGAGUUACGUUAGUACAAAUAUCGCUGUUUGGGAAUAUCUGCUUUAAAGCACCUCUCUAGGGCAGGUGUCCAUGGUAGCAUGGAAUAAAAGAGUGGUUUAAGCUUGCAAUGGAUGUGGGCUGUGUUAGACUUUUUAAAAAGCAAACCUGUUUGUGAUGGUUUUAUAGAAGCUUAAAUACUUGGGGAAAAAGUUGAUGGUAGGACAGUUGACGUUAAAACAUACGUCAAGCUACUUAAUUAUUUCCUGAUAGGUUUCUUGUCGCAAUGGGCUGAAAGUGGCCAGGGCGUUUAGUGAUGUCUUGCUGCUGCAGAGUGACUUGAUCCUUUUCCUGGCACAUCUCUUUGCCUGAAGUCUGCAGUGUUGGCAUUACUCCUGUGCAGUGUGAUCAUUAUAAGCUAUAUUUACCUGCUAAGAUAUUAGGACUCGACAACACCAGAGCACCUCUCCUAGAGUAAUUAUGCUGACAGAGCCUCCAAGCACUAUAGCAACCAUUACUUCAGCCUACUUCACACAGCCUCUGCGUCUGAGGAAGCUGUGGUAAAGCAAGGCAUCCAUAACUAUGUCUGCAGCUGAGUUUCUGCAAACACAGGUGUCUCGGUCCUGUGGUGUUUUCUUUCACACCCUUUGCUGAGCCUGUGCUGUUCGGAGCAGCCUGGGGAUCUCCUUGCUCCAGCUGCAGGGUGUGUGUUACCCUCUGCUGUGCUGAAAAAGUUGCAGGUUUUUGUGCUGAAGCCCACACUGGAUUAGCUGGAUCACCACCACCAGGUGGGUGAGCUGGCCUCUUCUCUUUCACUUUCCUCUGGCUUCACUUGCAGAACUAAAGGGUUUUUACUUCCCUUUCUCCCAAGUGGGUGUCCCCCAUGUUCCUGCACCUUCGUGUUGCUGAGCUUGUCCCAAAACUCUCAAAUUUUCUGGUGCUUUAUUCCCUCCUUCUCUUAUUCAUUAUUUGCUUUGGAUCACCGCCCUCCUUAUAACUGCCCACAGAGCCAUCUCCUUGGAAACGGCAAAACUUGUUUAUGUGAAAGUAAUAAGGAAGCUGCUUGGUGCAUAGCUGCAUAGGCAUGUGAGGGAGCCAUGUUCCACCGGAGGAUGUUGGAAAAAUGAGUCUCCACUUACGCUGACUGCCACAAGGUUGGGUUGUGUGAGCAAAAAUCACCUUCUUCCUCUGGUGUUUCCAAAGUUGCCUUCCUUUGUUCACAGCAGCGGUGGGAAACUUUUUGCAUGUGCAUAUGCUUAUUUUUAUGGACUGUUUUUACUAGUCAUUUUUGUCACCAACAUGUAGGGGGGUGAGAAGCAAUGGGAAAAUUGGUCAGUCUUGCUUAUCUCUUAUUUUGUGGAACACUGUUGGUUACUGUGCCAUGCCAGGACCAUCUCCUCACCUGUCUUGGCCCCACCUACCCCUGUGGCCACAGGACUUUCCCGUCCAUAUUUUGAGGUUUCUGCACCUCCCUGCUUUGUGCCCUUCACUGCCACUGCCCCUUGUGUUGUUGGACAUGGCUGAUAGGCCUGGCAGGCUGUUAGAAUCAGUCAGGUGUCCCUGCAUGGCCUUUCUGGGUCCUCCAGGACAGAGCUGUGCAGGCCUAUAAACAGAUUUUGUGGCCAUAAAUGUGGCAGCGUCACCAGGUGGGACCUCUUACCAGAGAUAGUGGAGGGCCUGGCUGCCUCCUGCUGCCAACCCAGCACUGACAGCUUGUGGCCUGGGCUUGGACAGGAUGGCCCAUGGGAAACUCUUUGGAAAAGGCCUGUUGUACAAAGGCUAUGGAUUCUGAAUCAAAGAACAGUUUCAUAGGAAGCUUUCUUCAGCCACCAGAUCAGAUGUUUCCUGCAGCCUUUGCUUAUAGAGAAUCAAAGAAGUUGGCAGCUGUUGCUGGUGACAGGCCUUCUAUCCCAAAUAAUCAGGCUGUAGUAGCAGCCCUGAAAACUCUUCAAGAAAAGAUCCACCGUCUAGAGCUGGAGAAGUCACAGGCUGAAGCUGAUCUGUGCAGCCUCUCCAGAGCAGCUGCUCAGUAUAAGAAGGCCUUAGAACAUGAAUCCUGCGAGAAGGACACAGCACAUCAAGAACUGAUGCAACAGAGGAAAGAUGCAAGUGAGCAGUUAAAUGCAGCACAGUCCCGCUGCUCCCUGCUGGAGAAACAGCUGGAUUACAUGAAGAAAAUGAUUUCCAGUGUGGAACUGGAAAAGAAAAUUAUUUUAGAACAACAGGCCCAGCUGCGGAAAGAGGAGGAUCAGAACUGGCUGGAACUGCAUGCAAAACUUGAAAAGCUUGAAAUACUAGAAAAAGAGUGUCUUCAACUUACUGCUACUCAGAGAAUUGCCGAAGACAAGAUCAAACACUUAGAAGAAAAGAUUUGUAAGGAAGACCAUCAGCGGAAGCUAAUACAAGAUAAAAGUUCUCAGCUUCAAAUAGGAUUUCAUAUAAACAGAAGUUUGAUGUCUUCAGCAACAUCUCAAUGUGAACCUGAAAAUGAAAAUGGGAAGAAGAAAAAACCUAAGAAGACAAAUCCUACAAUGAAGAAAAUGCGCCUUUCACAAUUACAUGUAAAGGCUGGUGAACUACCUUUUGUGGCUGGGAAGUCCGUCAGCUCCAGCCAUUCUGUCAGUGCAAACAUACAAAGUGUGUUGCAUAUUAUGAAGCAUCGCAAUCCAUGUAUCUCAUCACAAAGAAAAAGAGGAGCUACGUCUGGGAUUUGCAGACACAGUGCCCUUUCAAAGCAUGUAUCAUCGUGUUCCACGUCACCUACUGCCACCAGAAGCCUUUCAGACCUUCUGUUGGCCACACAAGAUGAGCUGGGCCAAAUGAGCUUUGAGUAUCAAGAACUUCUGAAGCAGAUACAGGAGACUCAAGAUUCCAGAGUUCAUGAAGGCCUGGAACAGGAGCUGGAUUGCCUUGUAAAACAAAUGGAGAUUAAAGGAGAACAAAUAUCCAAGCUGAUAAAGCAUCAAGCUACUGUGCAGAAAUUAAAGAGAAAAACUCAGAAAUUGAAGCAAAGGGCAACUCAUGUCAAACUAAAGUGUGGUGACCAAAAGGAAGCAACAGAGAUUGCAGUCACUCUAGAGGAAAGUAAGUCUAAAUCUUGUCCUGGGCAGAAAAGCAGAAGCUCUCUUCAGCUGCUAAAAACUGUGAGGAAACUUCAAUCAUCUCUGAAAAGAGAUGAUGUCAUCUGAGAAUAAUAGUUCUGAAGUUUGCUAUAUUAGUUUCUGAAGUUGUCUGACAUCUAACAAAUUUUUAAUUGCACAAAAUACCUUUUAAAAAUAAAAUAGAUACAGUAUAGAUGUA